AUGACAAUGUUAACUGAGCCAAGUAAUAGCAACAGCGAAGUUAUUGUUGCGACAGGAGGUUAUGAUCAUACAGUAAAAUUAUGGCAUGCUAAAACAGGUGUAUGUCAAAGAACUUUUCAACAUGCAGGAUCUCAAGUUAAUGAUCUUGAAAUCACACCUGACAAACAAAGAAUUGCUGCUGCAGGAUACCAAGAAAUAUUAAUGUAUGAACUUAAUUCAAAGAAUCCAAAUCCAGUAAUAAAUUACGAAAUGGUGUCAAAAAAUGUUACUAGUGUGGGCUUUCAAGAAGAUGGUAAAUGGAUGUACACUGGAGGAGAAGAUUGUAGUGCAAGAAUUUGGGAUUUAAGGUCAAGAAAUUUACAAUGUCAAAGAAUUUUUCAAGUUUCUGCUCCUGUCAAUUGUGUAAAAUUGCAUCCGAAUCAAUCGGAAUUAGUUGUAGGAGAUUUAAGCGGAGUAAUUCAUUUAUGGGAUCUGAAGACUGAUCAUAAUGAACAAUUAAUACCGGAAGCAGAAGCUUCAAUUCAGGACAUUUGCAUUGAUCCUGAAGGCUCUUAUAUGGCAGCUGUAAAUAAUAAAGGACAUUGCUACAUUUGGUCUUUGACAAACAGUGGAGGAGAUGAAAGAACUAAACUUAAUCCAAAACAUAAAAUUGUAGCUCAUAACAAAUAUGCUCUUAGUUGUGUGUUUAGUCCUGAUUCUACAUUAUUAGUUACCACUUCAGCAGAUCAAACAGCUCGAGUAUGGAAAACUGCUGACUUUUCACUUUAUCAAGAAUUAAAACUUGAGGGCCAAAGAUGGGUUUGGAAAGCUGCUUUAAGUGUGGAUUCUCAAUACAUAUUAACAGCAUCUUCUGAUGGGAUCGCUCGGCUAUGGAAUGUAGAAACUGGUAAAGUUAAAAGAGAUUAUAAUGGCCAUCAAAAAGCUAUAACUGCUUUAGCAUUCAGAGAUGAAGCGUUACCAUGA